GAAACAGAAUAUUCUUCCGAAUCUAAUCCCUCUCUCUGUUCCUCUUUCAAUUUCUAGGGCCUCUGUUUGAUUGUUCCUCCAUUUUCAAGCUUUCGAUUCGAUUUUGCCCUACUUUUUUGAUCUCCCUCAUCUUCAUCCUUCUCCGAUUCUCCUUUUUCCGUCGGUUCAUCCAGCGCGAAUCAGCCUCCAAAAUAGAAAUUUCCAUCCCAUCCGACACGGCCUAAAAGUACAAGUUGCGCUUCGAUUGGAUUCUCAGUUUCUGCUCCAAUCAUGGCGUCCACUGAUGUUCUUAACCAAGAACAGAAUCGUUUCACCUUUUCCCCUCUCAGCGAUCCAAUUAAAGGCGAUGAGAAUUCUCGGGGUAUGUCCAUCGAGAAAAAGAUUGAAUUUCUGGAGAGCUUGACUGGAAAGGUUACUAAUAGGAAGUCUCGCAGAUGGUUAAACGAUCGACUUUUAAUGGAGCUUGUUCCUCGUUUGAAUGCCGAAGAAAUUAGAGGCUUGUUUGCUCCACCGCCUUGGGGUGAUGAUGUACGGCCCACAACGUUCUCCAUGACUAACGCAGAAGACUGGGACAAAUUCAGGAGUAUUGACAUGGAUAAAGAGGCUAAGCUCAUUGGAGUCUUGGAGAACUCAUCCGCUAGGAAAAAGGGUCAUAUCGAUGCUGACAAAAUGGCUUUCUUGAAUGCCUGGCGCAGAAUAGAGAGUCGAACAAGAGAGGCACUUCGUCGUAGUUUUCUUCCAGGGCUUGUUGAGAGUUUUGAGGAAUGCAUACGAUCAUUCAUCUCAGACUCUAGUAAUCAAGACGUCCUAACUUUGCGGGUUCAAGAUCCUUUCCACAGAUUAUUGCUGCAUGGAGUUUGUGAGUUCUACAAUCUGGAUUCUGCAACUGUUCCCGAGUCGAAGGGCGCUGGCAGUACGAAGAUGACUCGGAUAACAAGGAAGAAAAAGGCCAUGGUUGAGAUCCCAAAUAUAACUCUGACCCAUUUUCUUAAGAUGUCCAAAGAAGGAACAUGGUAACUUCAAUCCAUUAGGUGAAUAAACUUGAUAGGCUUUUUCAUUGAUGUUCAUUACAAUAAGCAUUAAAUUAUUUAGACGUUUGGUACUGUACAGAUGUUGCUUAAAUCCUGCUACUGGACUGGCGUGUACUGUAAAUUAGCUUAAUUGUGCCGUUUAUAUAUCAUUUGAACAGGGAAAUACCUGUAAAUUAACGGAUAUUGUUCUCUUUGA